GAAGAUGAGUUCCAGAAGGCAGAUGAACCGUUCGCUCUCGAGUGAUGGAAGGUCUUACUACAGUGCCAGUGAUAUCCCCUCUCAGAAUAGAAGUGCUGGCUGUAGGAGCUACCUGAGCAGUGUCCGAUCUGAAAGCAGCUACGCUGGCCAUAGAUUCUCUCAGUUCAAGCCAUCCAGGAGCACUCUCUGCAGUGUCAUGGCUCAAUUAACUGAGGAGAUACAGCCAACAUUUGAGUCCACCUUAAAAUCCAAAGCUGUGUCUGAAGACACUAACGUCAAGUUCAGCUGUGUGAUCUCAGGCUACCCAGUCCCUGAAGUGACAUGGUACAAAGAUGACAUACAGCUUGACAGAUACUGCGGCCUUCCCAAAUAUGAAAUUUCACGUGAUGACAAGACACACACACUCCAAAUAUACAACUGUACUCUGGAGGAUGCUGCAAUUUACCAAGCAUCAGCCCAGAACAGUCGAGGCAUUGUGUCAUGUUCAGGUGUAUUGGAGGUCGGAACAAUGAGCGAGUAUAAGAUUCAUCAAAAUUACUUUGCGAAGCUUAAACUGCGAAACGAGAACCGUCGCCAAGAGCAGGAGGAGCAGCGCAAUAUAGGCAAAGAGAAUGUCCCAGCAGCCUUUGAGCAGGACAGGAUGAGCAGUCCUGAAAGAGCCCAGAGAAAACGCAGGUCCCCCAUGGAGACCGGGGCCAUAGAGGCAAUCCCUUCAGAAGAGAAAGUCAUGGAGGUGGAUGCUCUCAGUCAAACACCUCCAGUAGAGGACAGACUAGCUGCUCCUGUUCAAGUGUCAGCAGCAGCACCUUUCCAUGGCAUCUCAAACUCUGAAAUGAUCGCGAACAGAGACAAAGACAGCGAGGGGCUAACAUACAUCCGUGAUACUGUGCAUAAUGCCUCCAGCAAACAGACCAACGAGCAUUAUGUCAAGAAGAAGCUCAAAAUUUCAACAGCUGCAACAGAGAGAAGCAAGGAAAACAGACCAACUGGAAGAAGGGAAGAGAUGAUGAAUGAGAAAGUGACUUCCAAUGAGAAGAUGGAGGUACAGAACACAGUCGCUCAGAUCGCCUCAGAGACUGAAUCUAGAAAAAAAAUGGACAUAACAGACAUGAAAAUGAAUGAAAAGCAGUCAGUAAAAGUAAACAAAAGUGUCUCAGAAGAAUCAAAGAGGGCUAAAGGUGCUCAGAUCACCACUGUGAUUGAAUCUAAAAAUAAAAUGGACAUAACAGACAGAAAAAUGAAUGAAAAGCAGUCAAUAAAAGUAAACAAAAGUGUCUCAGAAAAAUCAAAGAGAGCUCAAGGUGCUCAGAUCACCUCAGUGAAUGAAUCUAAAACCAAAAUGGUCAUAACGGAUAUAAAAACGAAUGAAAAACAGUCAGUAAAAGUAAACAAAAGUGCCGCCGAAGAAUCAAAGAGAGCUCAAGGUGCUCAGAUUGCUUCAGUGACUGAAUCUAGAACCAAAAUGGAUAUAACAGACAGAAAAAUAAAUGAAAAACAGUCAGUGAAAGUGAACAAAAGUGCCGCCGAAGAAUCAAAGAGAGCUCAAGGUGCUCAGAUUGCCUCAGUGACCGAAUCUAGAACCAAAAUGGAUGUAACAGACAGAAAAAUAAAUGAAAAACAGUCAGUGAAAGUGAACAAAAGUGCCUCAGAAGAAUCAAAGAGAGCUCAAGGUGCUCAUAUUUCCUCAGUGGCUGAAUCUAGAACCGAAAUGGUCAUAAUGGACACAAAAACGAAUGAAAAACAGUCAGUAAAAGUAAACAAAAGUGCCCCUGAAGAAUCAAAGAGAGCUGAGGAUGCUCAGAUCACCUCAGUGACUGAAUCUAGAAAUGAAAUGGACAUAAGAGACAGAAAAACGAAUGAAAAGCAGUCAGUAAAAGUAAACAAAAGUGCCUCAGAAGAAUCAAAGAGAGCUGAAGGUGCUCAUAUUUUCUCAGUGACUGAAUCUAGAACCGAAAUGGUCAUAAUGGACACAAAAACGAAUGAAAAACAGUCAGUAAAAGUAAACAAAAGUGCCCUUGAAGAAUCAAAGAGAGCUGAGGAUGCUCAGAUCACCUCAGUGAUUGAAUCUAGAAAGAAAAUGGACAUAACAGACACAAGAAAGAGUGAAAAACAGUCAGAGAAUGCAAAGGAAAGUCCUUCAGAAUCAAAGACAGCUCAAAAGCCCAUUGCAACCCAGAAACGACCGGCGUUGAAGGUUUCCAUGACAAACCAGACAAACAAGGUGGUCGAAAACUCGAAGCUAACAGAAUCAUCUGACAAAGGGACAUUAAACCUCCAACUUCAAGCUCUAGAUACUAUCCAGAACAGUAAUCCCAGAUUUAUAGACAACAAGCUCAUGGAUUUGGAUGACCACGGGAAUAGAAAUCCAGCUGCAGGCGAUACCCACACUGAGCCCACAGAGCCACCAAUUCAUGAAGAUAUUCCUCCUUUUCAUAAAGAAGUGGCCAAGAAGUUAAAGGGGCAACCCCCAUUGAUGUGUGAGGUCACUGCGAGUGUUACAGACACACUCAGUUCCUGCCACCUUCCAUCACAAGGACAGAAGUUGAGAGCAGGUGACCACACUGUGGCAUCAACAAAGAGCAGUACACUUGUCACUGGGCCUCAAAACACUCAGCCGAGUGAGAAAAUCUCCUCAGGUCAGGUUUCACACAUGCUUCAUGAUGGCCAAGUUACAACAGCUAUGAGUUCCUCAUUAGGAGAUGACACAUUAACCAGUGUGUGUGAGAAGGACAGCAAAGCUGAAAACCAACUUGUCAAAGAGUCUGACAAACCUAAGGGUGAAACAAAACCUGUGUCUAUGUCUUUGAACAGUAUGGAAGAAAAUGAGAUGACAAACAUAAAUACAAAUACAAAUGUGCACGUACAGAACAGCAUUUCAAAAGAAGAAUUAACGACAAACUCAAACCAUUCCACAAAUCAAGUCAUUGUCACAGAGUUUGUACAAAUUGGCAUGUUAAAAUCUAAUGUGGUGCAACCACAGACCACGAAUAGCUCCUCUAUUUCUAAAGUUGAAAUAAAAGUUACUACAGCCGGAGAGUGUGAGAGCUCUUCUCUAGUAGCUACAGACAGUGUUGCUAAAAUAGACACACAGGAACAAUCUAAAGUUACCACAUUUGAAGUACCUGUAUCAACCGAUCACAAGAUGCAGAGUUACUCUGCAAAAAAAGGCAGUGAUCAUUCUGGCCCCUCUACAUUCCUCUCCCAACAUUCAAAAGCUUCACCAACAGAAUUUACCAUUCCUGCAAUAUAUAUUACAGAUGUGGACAGCACAUCUCAAAAUAGUACAGACAAAACUUUAUGCAAGAGUGCUAUUAAUAAAUCAGAUAUUGUUCAAAUCAGAACUGAAGCAAAUGCAGUAAACUCCAAUGUGACAAAUAGCAACACUGUCAGUCAAACAAGUACACUUAUUCAUUCUGAUCGCACAAACACCACAAACAAAACCACAGCCAUUUUGGAAUUUGAAGGUCUGUGUGAUGAGAAGUUUGAUCUUUCCCUACGUUCACAAACUUCUGAAGUCAACAAGCCUGAUCAACAGCCACUAAGUCAAGAAAACCUGAUUCAAGGACCUGAAUCAAGUCAUUGUUCCACUGAGAAUGUUGCAACAGGUUUUAUUAGGCUAUCAGAGGUUACUACGCAACGUCACAAUGCCGACAAAAGCACAAAGACAAAUGAGUCUGACUUAAUUGAAACCAGUCGUCUUCCAAAAACAGAUCUAAAUCUGAAAACUGAUUCUGACUCCUUCAUAAAACAAUUGAAAUCGGCUGCAUUGGACCUUGAGAUGUCAAAUAAAAGUUCCACCGUAGCGGUGUUCGAUGCUGCAACGCAUAAAGACAACGUUAAAUAUGGGGAGGAAGAAAAUUCUGCAGUGAAGGUAACAAUCCCACUGAAGAAUACAGACCAACAGGACAACCCUACUGCUGCCCACAGUGAACCUGCCACCAAGACGAAUCAAAAGACUACACUCCCCAGCACUAAAACAGAGAUAAGUGAAAUAGGAAUGGCCGUAUGUCUUGAAGAAGCAAAUAGAGAUGCAUAUCAGGAGGACAAAUUAUCUUUGAAAACACAACCUGAAUCUUUGUUACAAUCAGUCAGUAACUCACCAUUGAAGACGCCAUUAGAAACUUACUCCCCUCGUCUCACCCGGAAGAGUGUCCCGGCUGACCUCCCAAAGCCUGCGGGAAAUGAAGACAUUAAGCCCAAAUCAACAGAGAAAGACAAAGAAAACCAGUUCAAAGUUCCACAGGUUAUCCGUAAAAUCCGACCAGAGGUGUUUGACGCGUCUGGACAUCUGAAACUCUGGUGUCAGUUUUUCAACAUAGUAAGUGACUCAACAAUAAAGUGGUACAAGGAUGAGGUGGAAAUCGCAGAGAUAAAGAGAAGUGCAGGAGAUGAGACUCAGGUGUGCUUGGCUAUUAUACGGAUGUCCAAAAGAGACUGUGGUGUUUACAGAUGCACAAUUACCAAUGACUAUGGCAAAGAUUCCACAGAGUAUCUUCUCAGUGCAGAGUUUCUUUCCAAUAUGUUUCUGCGUGAGGAGCUCCAGGAAGUUGGGGAGGAGAUUGAGAUGACUCCUCUGAUCUUUAGUAAAGGUCUUGCUGAUGCAGGCUGCUGGGGCUCAAAGUUCUACGGCCGUGUCACAACAGAAGAAGCUCAGGUCGGAAUGGGAUGUGAGCACAAAACCAGACGGCUGAAGGUGAUCUACGGGUUAGAUCCUGUGUUUGAGUCGGGCAGCUCAUGCUUUAUGAAAGUGCGGAGCCCUAUUGCAUAUGAGAGCAGAGAGGAGACGGUUUUGGCUGAAAGGAAUCUCCAAAUCACAAAACAGGAAUGUAGAAUUCAGAACAUGGCCAGAGAGUACUUCAAGAUCUUUGCUGCAGAGACAAGAGUGAUAGAGAGCUUUGGUGCAGCACUGGAGGUAAUCCCUCUAUACUUCCUGUACUGGCCAGGAAGCAGUGUUCCUUAUGCAACAGUGGAGGCAGAGCUUAAGGGUGUCUAUAUGCGGUAUUGUGGAUUGGAUCGUACUGGGUCACUGGUAUUAAACGAGAAAUUAGAGGUGGGACAAAAAUGUUCUUCUCUCCAGCACUGGAUCCACCAGUGGACCAAUGGAAAUGUGCUGUUUUCCAGACUUGAUGGAGUUGAUACAAUACUAACAAAUAUCGGAAUAGCAAUCAGGUCAAAGGGGUAUCAGGGGUUUCCCUGUGAAGCUAAUCCGAAGGUUUUUGAGCAGUUUCACAUUCAGCAUCAGUGUAAUUACUUUUGUGGUCUCUUAAACCUCAAACCUCUCAAAGCCCCAGAAACACUUCAGUCUCCAAACAGAUCCAAAGGCACAAGCAGCCCACUACUACAACGGAGAACAGCUCCCAGCUCCUCCAGUCCCCAGACCUCCCGCAAGGCCACAAAGAGCCCCAAAGUAUCCCGCAAACUGGACCCUCAGAACUCAACCUAACCCGAAAUAAUGGUGUUUAAAGUAGGCUAUAUACAUAGGCAAAACUAAAGAAAAAAGGCGAGGUAUCGGAAAGGUCGCCUACUGAUCUGUAGUUAUAGAUGCAGCUGCACUUACAGCCAGAGUGUAAGUAAAAAACAUUCUUUUGAUAAAUGCAACAUUUUAAAUGAAAUAAGUAAAUCCAGAAACAAAACAUAUAGUCUUCUAUUGCAGUGGUCCUUACAGAAUCCGUUGUAUAAUCCUCAGAGGUUUUUGAAAGGGUAUUGUAUAACUGUGUGUGAAAAUGUCAAAAGGAUCUGUGGCACUACAAAAUUUUAUUACCUCUUUGUUUAUUUCCAAAGGAAGUUCAGUGCUGUUGGCUCACUAGCUGUUUGUAAAUACUAAUUUAAAAUAUAUAUAUUAAUUUAGUUAUAAAUUACCUUUUAUUGUAUGAGAUGAGAGAUAUAUAUUAUUUCCAUUUGGUUGUAGAUUAACGUGAUGCAUAUCCUGAAAAUUUUCAAAAUCCAUUAAAAUGCUACGGCACUUUAUAAUACAUAUUCUCAAAUCUUUUGUGUUCCACAGAAGAAAGUAACUUGCUUUUUGCACAACUAGAAGGGGAGAAACAUUUUACAUUUUUAGAUGAACAAAGACUAUCUAUGGCUGAAUUGAGUUUGAAGCGAGAGGCAUAAUGCAAACACAGAAACUGAUGCUAACAUUAUUUAUUUAUUAUUUAUAUAAUGACAGUGACUUAAAUGUUGAGUUGACAUUUGAAAUUUUAAUUUUGUCUGUUCUGUCAUCUGAUCUUAUCUCAAAUAUCUUAUCUCACACUAUAUUACUGGAUCAUUUGAACUAAAAGCCAGGUAAUGUUUCUUUACAUCUGGCUUGGGUGAAAAGGGAAAGGAAUCCAUCCAAAGAGUACAUUGUAAGUCUCAUACGUACGAAAAUUACUGGAUUUCGACUUUGUCACAGAAUGGAAUAGACAAUUAUAUAAUCACGCAAGUCGGAGUAAUUGAAUUAAUCUGCUCUAUUUCACCUUGUUUACGAGACAAGCUUGUAUGCAGGAAGGACUCUGUACGUAUGCAUUCUCUAUGUGUUUUAACAAUAGCUUUACUACAGCUCACCAUGACAGCCAUUUUGCAGCCGGCCCCAGAACCUGAUUUGAAUGACUUUAGACGGAUAAUUGCCACUUUUUGCCUUGUUUUGGUAAUAUUGGGUCUGUAAAUAUAUAGUAAGAGUUAUUAAUGCAGGUAAUCAUGAAGUUAAGACUAGAUUAACUGAUUAUGAUGAUGAAAAUGUUGACUAUACUGUAGUUGUAGCAACAAAUGAGGAUUGUGUCAAUAAACAUUUGAGGACAUUAAAAAAAAUUCCAGUCAACACAACUAAUGUAACCCAUUUCAUAAAUUAGCAUAUAUGCAGGAAGUAUAACCUGGACAACAUUCAUCUGACAAGCAGUUAUUUAUUUAAAAUUUAUUUAUGAAAAAAGUCAAAGUGAGUGGUAUAAAGACAUCAUGGAUACUGUUAUAUCCAAAUUAAAGGAAAUUUUCUCAAAUCAA